AUUAAAUUAGGCCUAAACGUGCAAAGGCCCACCAAAUAAAGAUACGACUAAACCCUAAGCUCCGUCGCGCUUCGUUGCCGUCACCUCAGAGACUUUCGUAUCAACAGAGGAGCCGCCGCCGCGCCGCUACCGACCCGCCACCGCCAGGAGCCAUGGCAGUUCCGUUGCUGAGUAAGAAGAUUGUGAAGAAGAGAACAAAGAAGUUCAAGAGGCACCAGAGUGAUCGGUUUGACUCCGUGAAGCCAAAUUGGCGCAGACCCAAGGGUAUUGACUCCCGAGUGAGGAGAAAGUUCAAAGGAUGUACACUUAUGCCAAACAUUGGUUAUGGAUCGGACAAGAGGACCCGCCAUUAUCUUCCCAAUGGAUUUAAGAAGUUUGUCGUGCACAAUGUGAAAGAGUUGGAAGUUCUGAUGAUGCACAACAGGACAUACUGUGCUGAGAUAGCCCAUAAUGUUUCUACCAAAAAACGGAAGGAUAUUGUCGAACGGGCUGCCCAGUUGGAUAUUGCUGUAACCAACAAGUUGGCCAGGCUGCGCAGCCAAGAGGACGAGUAAGCUGUUUAAUAGGUAGGUAUUCAUUGAAUUUAUAUUUAAAUUUUUUGAUUUGAAAGAAAUUCACGGAACAAUUAUAGCUGAAAAGUAUAUGCAAUAGCAUAAGCAAUUUAUAUUUUUAUUUUAGUUCGUUUUAAGAUAUUUGUUCCAAACUCUUAAGUUGUUUGUUAGUCUGCAAUUUUAAGCUAGAAGAAGAUUUUGACCUCUCAAACUUGAAAGUGCUGCCUGCGAAGUGUUUGGAUAUCUGAUAUGAUUCAAAGCUGGCUCGCUUUGCAUGGUUGUUGAUAAAUUACUAGUUAUUAUUAUUCGGCCCAAGUUGAUUCAAUUCUCUCUAUCUAACAAAGGAUAUAAAUUUGUUGUUAAUUUUACAUUCAAUGCAUUUUGAGCUUUGGAACAUUAUAUAGUCUGCUUGG